AUGAAAAGGAUGAUCAUGGACCUACAAAGGCACUGGUUGACUGACUAUCAGCAAUCGCGUGAAAAGUUGCUGGUUGAGAUGACUGAAAAGCUCCAUCAAGAAUUCUUAUCAGAUCAGCAGAAGAUUCGCACGGAAUUACUGACUCAGUUCAAAGACGAGUUGGAUACCACAAGAGCGGAACUUGAGGAUAAAUACAGAGAAUCACUGAAACUUGAAGUUGCAAAAUUGGUUGAGAAGCACAAACGAGAGCUGACAGCAGCAAAGAAAAAACAGUGGUGUUGGCAGUGUGAAAGCGAGGCGAUCUACCAUUGCUGUUGGAACACCGCAUACUGUAGCGUUGAAUGUCAGCAGGGUCACUGGGCUACUCACAAGAAAUUCUGCCGACGCAAGAAGGGACAACAACAAGGACAAGGAUCGACUAAUUCUGGGCAACAAGGACAGCAAUGA